UAACACUCAUUUAGAUUCUCAUUUUUUCCCAUUGUUAUCGGAAGAACAUUUCCCAAAAUUUUUAUUUCAUCGUUGAAGAUUCUCGUAGUCGAUUCACGAUCUCUCGCUUUCCUGCAUUCUCUCUAUCUGUUGAUCCAAUUUGGAGCUCACUUUGAUUGAUACUGAUCAAAAGAAUGGGCCACCCAAAUGGAUUAGCACCUCUUUUCUCAUUUGGGGUUAUCACAGAUGUCCAGUAUGCAGACAUUCCCGAUGGGUAUUCAUUCCAUGGUGUACCUCGAUACUAUAGAAACAGCAUUCUCGUGUUACAAAGAGCAGUAAAGAAAUGGAAUAAUCACCAAAAUAUCAAAUUCUCACUAAAUCUUGGCGACAUUGUUGAUGGAAAAUGUCCCAAAGACCAAUCACUAGAUGUUGUAUGUAAAGUAAUUAAAGAAUUUGAAAACUUCAAUGGUCCUACAUAUCAUAUAAUCGGAAACCACUGUCUCUACAAUCUUCCUCGCAGCAAGUUGCUUCCAUUGUUGUCCAUUCCUAGUCAUCAUCCCCAUGCUUACUAUGAUUUUUCCCCAAUCCCAGAAUACAGAUUCAUUGUUCUUGAUGGGUAUGACAUCAGCGCAAUCGGUUGGCCUCAUGAUCACCCUCACACAAUUCAAUCCUUGAACUUUCUAAACGAAAAAAACCCUAAUUCCAACAAAGAUAGUCCAAAUGGGUUAGUGAAUCUUGAAAGAAGAUUCGUGAAAUUCAAUGGUGGAGUUGGGAAAGAACAGUUGAAAUGGUUAGACAACAUACUCCAAGAUGCAAAAAACUCGAACCAAAAAGUUGUUGUAUGCUGUCAUGUUCCCCUAGAUCCUGGAUCCACAUCGAAUGAUUCAAUUUUGUGGAAUUAUGAGGAAGUUAUGGAUGUGAUUCAUAGGUAUGAUUGUGUGAAGGUUUGUUUAUGUGGUCAUGAUCAUCAUGGGGGACACUCUGUUGACUCUCAUGGAGUACAUCAUCGAGUGCUUGAAGCAGCUUUGGAAUGCCAGCCUGGCAUAGAUGCGUUUGGAUAUAUAGAUGUUUUUGAAGAUAGGUUAUCACUUAUUGGUGCUGAUGGAAUGGUAAGUAGUGAAAUGGUUUUCAAGCGCUAAACAUGACAUGAUAUGAUUUUAAGCAUGGUGAAUUUGGGGUAGUUCUGAUUUUUACAAAUUUAAAUUCAUUUAUGUACUUUUUAUGGUUAACUUUAUCAUCAAGAAAUUUGUUGGAAUAUCAAUAGUUAUUCAUCUGUCAAAUUCAAUAUUGUUACAUUUUGUUCA